AUGGCAUCAUCCUACCCAGCCCCCUUUAUAAUCUCCCCGACACCACCAAACACCCACCAAACAACCCUCAUCCUCCUCCACGGAACCUCAACUACGGGUCCAGAAUUUGCAUCUUCAUUCUUGUCAUUCCCGUUUCCCCAGCCCCAGCCCAAGACAAACACGCCAAUCACUCUACAGCAAGCGCUCCCAAACACAAAAUUCGUAUUUCCUACUGGAAAACUUCGCAAGACCACAGUUUUUGGGGGCAGAGAAACAAAUGCCUGGUUCGACGUCUCAGAUUUUGGCGAUCGUACUAUCGGCGAAGAUGCCAUGCGUGGGGGUAUUCGCGAGAGCAUAGUUUACCUGACUGGGAUUGUCGAGGAUGAAGUUAAGCUCCUGGAACCGAAGUCUGAGUGUGAUGAAGAUGGGCAGGGGAGAGGAGAUAGAAGUGGAAGGGUGGUACUAGGCGGGUUUAGUCAAGGGUCUGCUAUGGGUGUUAUGUUGAUUUUAAGCCGAAUGCUUGAGGCUAGAGGUCUUGCUGCAGAUAUUGGAGGAUUUACGGGGUUGAGUGGGUGGUGUCCAUUUCGACUAGGGCUGGAAGAGAGUAUUUUUUCCGGAAUUCUGGAUGGGGAUGCGAGCAUAGAGGAGGGUUAUGAAGGGAGGAGGGAGAAGGCAGCUUCUUAUCUCAGGCAACUCAUAGACAUUAGGAUUGAUGGUAACGAGGAGGAAGGGUGCCAAGGCGAGAGCCUUCUUGAUAAGAAGAUUUUCCUUGCGCAUGGAAAGGAGGAUGCAAAGAUGAAGAUUGAAUGGGGGGCGCAGAUGAGGGAUCUCUUGAAAACCUUAGGUGGUGAUGUUUGGUGGGAGGCUUAUGUGGGGUUAGGACACUGGUAUGGCGAGGAGGAGAUGAAGGAUUUGGUGAGUUUUUUGGAGGGCGUUUGGGGCGGCACUGCGAUAAGGGAGUAG